UAGUCUCCGUUUUGUUUAACCUAAAUGCUAAUUAUAUUUAGCUUGUAAAAGUGUACAUGGCUGUAAAACACUAAUGAAUAUAAACAAACAAAAUAAACAGCAGUAUGUCUAUGUAAAUUAGAAAUCAUAUCAUAUAAAGCGCUAUGCUAAGCCAAGAAGAAAAAAGAAUCACUGAAUCCUUUCUUAUAAAACUGGUUCUUUAAAACAAACCGAUCGAAAAAACCGAAUAGCUGAAAUGAAUCGGACUCCCAUCACUACAGUAAACAGGACUGGCAUGUAAAGACACGGCCAAAAAGUAUCCUCUAACUCAGACUGGUCGAGGUUAAGAAUCUAGCGGAUAAAGGCCAUGCAAUUCUAUUUUAAAUGAGUAAUAAGGGCAACUGUAACAUUUGCCAAGCCAAGACAGUAGCAUGCUUACUACUAUUCUCUUCCGAUGCACGACAGUCUGAAAUCUAAAUCGAUAUAAACAUUUCGAUCAUUUUUGCAUGACAAUACAGUGUUAAAGAGCAGUGUGAUUAAAAAAACACACCAGUAUUUUCCUGUUUUCGGUUAAGGUCGUUAAUUCCUGUCGCUGGUGAAGGAGAGGUGUGCACGGCUGUAAUUCUCUCCUUUCCUCUACCGUAAAUACACUAGUAUAAGACACAUUGGCCAACUGGAUUAAAUGUUUUAGUCACGGAAUAUUUUUAUGCAAAUAAUUAGAUGAUUAAAUAGAAAAACAGUGUAGGCCAGUCAGGUGUUGACAUUAAAUUCACUUUAUGAAUAAACAAAUAAGCAUAAAAUAUAAAAACAAACUAACCUCCAGUGAUUUCCUCCAGAUUUUGUCUCCAUCUUGUGGUUGUAGGUCCUAAAAUGUGACAAUACCCGCCCAUUCACGUUCAAACCAUAAAAUUAUUAUCUAUCAGCAUUACCUGAGCAGACUGAUUGUUGACAAGCAUAUCUACAGAUGAGGAUUGCAUUGCCUCUGCUAAAAAUGUGGAAUCUACAAACUAUUCUGGCAAUUCUUGGGACUUUGUGUUUGACCUCUAUAAGUGGAUACAAAAAUGGAAAGGUGGAGAAAUCUUGUGAAAGCAUGAUGCCAGAACAUCACAGCCAACCCAACACUACUGGCAGCCCAUACACACUGACGGUGAAUGCCAGAAAAUUCAGCCCAGGGGACAAUAUCAGAGUCACUCUCUCCGGAAGCGAGCGCUUUGAGGGCUUUCUAAUUCAGGCUCGAGAUGCUACAAACCCUGAUGGACCAGCUAUUGGCUCAUUCACAUUGGUAGAUCCUGAGAUUUCUCAGCGUUUGACAUGCAACAGCAUAGAGGGUUCUGCAGUUAGUCACACUAGCAAUGCCAAAAAGACAGAAAUUCAGGUGAUUUGGAAAGCCCCGUUCAAUGCUCCUCCCACUGUACAGUUUCUUGCCACAGUUCUUGCCCACUACAAGAUUUUCUGGCUCAAGCUUCCUGGUCCUAUCAUAUCUCAGGGUGACGUGACUCCCGCUCCAUCUCAAUCAACCACCGUCAUGUCUACAAACUCUGCAAGCACCUCUAUACUUUCUCAGCCAUUCACCUCAGAGGGAUGUGGCGUGUCGAAAUCUUGUCUCAUUGACCCCGUCAGCUGUAACCCUUCUGUGGACACAAACUGCUUCUUCCUUUCUUAUUCUACUAUGGACCAGACAGUUUCGUUUGAGCUCAGUGGCCCUGCACAGGGAUAUGUCUCCUUUGCUCUGUCCAAGGAUAAAUGGAUGGGAGAUGAUGAUACGUACUUAUGCAUAAAUGACGAGGGUCGUGUAAGUGUGGAAGCUGCACACACAACAGGCCGGACAUAUCCAGAGGUAUCAUCCAAGUCUGUGCUUACUGAUAUAGGCUGGAGAGUUUCUGAUGGGGUCAUUCAGUGCAAGUUCUCUAGGUCCAUCUACACUCCUCAGGAUCCGGUCCGUUUCAGUCUUAACAACAGUUACUACCUGUUUGUAGCACACGGGACUGCCGAGUAUGGUAUGAUCCACAGACACACGCGGCAGCCACUGAUAUCAUCCCAUAAUCAGAUCAUUACCGGCCCUUCUGAGAUACUGACAGGAUCUCGAUCUCCACUGCUCAUGAAAUAUCAUGGAGCUCUAAUGCUGAUUGCCUGGAUGCUAGCAGGAAGCACUGGAAAAUUAAUGGCUGCCUAUUUUAAACCUGACUGGCCAGAACAAACAUUGUUUGGGGAAAAAAUAUGGUUUCAGGUGCAUCGCAUGUUGAUGUCUCUCACAGUUUUGCUGACAGCUGUGGGCUUCGUUUUUCCUUUUGUCUACAGAGGAAAGUGGAGCACAAGAGCUGGUGCUCAUCCAUACCUCGGCUGCACUGUUGUGAUUCUCACUUUCUGUCAGCCUUUAAUGGCUGCAUUCAGACCAGGUCCAGAUUCCUCACGGCGAUGGAUUUUCAACUGGUUGCACUGGGGUGUUGGAAAUGCUGCUGAAAUUAUAGCCGUGGUUUCCAUGUUUUAUGGAAUAAGGCAACAGUCUCUUUUGCUGCCUUAUCCUUGGACCACAGGAGCUCUCUCUGCUUUUGUGGUUUGGACCAUUGUGUUAAAGCUGGUGUUAAAACUUCUUAAGCAUGAUGUUAUUAGAAAAGGGAGUGGAAAGGAAGAUGAACUUCCAGUUCUCUCAGACAUUUCAGAGGAUGUUACCUGGGAUACGAAGUUUAGAGUGGCUGUCCUUGCUGUUUUUGUGCUUGGAAACUCAGCAUUCUGUAUCUCACUGCUUGCCUCCAUAGGGGACAUAUAACCAACAUAUGAAUCAUAUGGCACUACAGAAAUUGGAAUGAAGACCUAAUUAUUGAUAGAGCAAGACAAAUCAUUAUCAGUUUCAGUUUAUUCAAGGUUUGAACAGUAUUUUGCAUCAGAAACAUCCUGCAAGGAAGAAUCAUAUAUUUUAAGACAUUUCAAACAUGAAUAUUAUGAAUUAAAAUUCACACAUCUUUCAAAUUAUUUUCACAGAAGAAUAAAUGUUCACAUUAUAUUCAGACAAUAAAAGCAUAAAACAUUUAAAA